GUGGCGGAUGUAAGGUAUGAGGCGGGGCCAAUGCCGGCGUGCCGCUUUAUGAUUGGUAGGCUUCUGGAUCCGCCUCCGGAGAGGAGGGCAAGGCCCUAUUAAAAGAUCUCAGCUCCGCGCUAUCCGGGUCAGAGGCUUGAGUCUAAGGCAUAGAGUGUAUCAUGUUGAAGAUGAGCGGGUGGCAGCGACAGAGCCAAAAUCAGAGCCGGAACCUGAGGAGAGAGUGUUCCAGAAGGAAGUGUAUCUUCAUACAUCACCACACCUGA